AUGCUCAAAGAAACCUUCAUCUUCCUUGCACUUGUUUUAUUACUAUACAAAUAUGUUCCUAUUCUCUACUUGGAGAUAACCUUACCCUCCCUAUACACUGACUCUUGUGGACUCAUAUUCAAUACACCCUCAAACACAGGCCUUCUAGGUCGCACCUGCAAUGAUCCCAGUUAUGAACUUGUUUGUGAGGCUAACAAAACAGUGUUGUACUUAAACUUUGGUAGACACUUCAUCCAUGCCAUUACCACUACACCCAAUAAUGCCACCCUUCAAUCAAUGACUGGUGGACUUGACAACAAUAAUUGCUCCACAGUCACUCUUGCUCUUCUCACAUACACUAACUUCACCAAAUAUAGUUCUGAACAAGAAAGUAAACUAGCCAUUGACACUAACGUAUAUUAUAGCGAUGAUUUAAUAUUCGUUAGCUGUGAGAACCCAAUUAGUUCAUUUUUAUACACUGAUAUUUCUACUCCUUGUACAACACAGAGUAAGAGGGGUUAUUAUUCUUACGUUUUGCUUUGGGAGGCUGAAGUAUGGGAUGUGUUUGAGUCAUGUAGCGUUGACAUGAUGAUAAGGAUGUUACCAUGGGGACCCGUGACAUGCAAUGAGAAGUGUUCUUAUCCAGAGAACAUGCAGAAUGAGGUGAAGGGGAUUCAAAUAAAGUGGCGAGCUAACCGCUGUGGAGAGUGGGAUGGUGGAGAUGGCACUUCUUGCUUCUUGGAUAACACAACUAACAUGGUCUUCUGCAAUUCCAAAGCAGGGUUUUUUUCAAGUGUUUCAAACUUUCUGACAGCGGGGAUCAAUGUACUCUUAUGGUUUGCAGUAAAAUUUGCAUUGGGUCCCCCAUUUGUGGUUGCAUUCUUGAUUUAUAAAUGGAAGAGGAGGGAUCAAUUUGUGUGUGAUGAGGUUGAAGAUUACCUCCAAAAUCAUAGUAAUCUAAUACCCAUCAAGUACUCUUACUCUGAGAUAAAGAAAAUGACCAAAGGUUUCAAGCACAAGUUAGGUGAAGGAGGCUAUGGCUAUGUUUAUAAAGGAAAGCUUAGAAGUAAGCGUGAUGUUGCUGUCAAAUUAUUAGGCAAGUCCAAACCAGAUGACCCACAAUUCAUAAGUGAAGUUGCUACAAUUGGAAAGAUUCGUCACAUCAAUGUGGUGCAAUUACUUGGAUUUUGUGCAGAACGAACUAAGAGGGCUCUUGUUUAUGAGUACAUGCCUAACGGUUCUCUUGACAAGCACAUACUUUCACAAGAAGAAGGGAAUGCAUCAAUAGGCUAUGAGAAAAUACAUAAUAUUUCUCUAGGAGUGGCUCGCGGAAUAAAAUACUUACAUGAAGGUUGUGACAUGCAAAUUCUACAUUUUGAUAUCAAACCUCACAACAUUCUUCUUGAUGAGAACUUUAAUCCAAAGAUCUCAGACUUUGGACUAGCAAAGUUAUAUCCAAUAGAUGGUACCAAUGUAACUCUAUCAGUGGCAAGAGGAACAAUGGGAUACAUGGCACCUGAAUUGCUCUAUAAGAACAUUGGAGGGAUAUCAUAUAAGGCUGAUGUUUAUAGCUUUGGGAUGCUAUUGAUGGAAAUGGCAGGGAGAAGAAAGAACUUGAAUGCUAUGGAGUAUUCUUGGCAGACUUACUUUGCUAAAUGGGUUUAUGAUCAAUUUGAUGAAACCAUAGAUCUUAGUAAUGCGACCGAUGAGGAAAAAGUGAUAGCAAAGAAGAUGAUAUUAAUAGCUUUACGUUGCAUACAAAUGAAGCCAAAUGAUCGUCCUUCAAUGAAUGAAGUAAUAGAAAUGCUUGAAGGAGAGUGUGAUGUUAAUGCCAUAUGA